AUGAUCCUCCACCAAUGGACCGUACGGACGUUUGAUUCCACCAAUCACGGCACGCGAACCGCACCGGAGCGACAAGUCAGUGCCAUUCUGCAUCUAUCUGCGGUUCUUCUCGCUGAUCUUCCGAGUGACGCGCGGGAAAAGCAGCGGCCGUCGCGGUCCAUGGUCGUGUCCAUUCCCCGAUUUUACUCGUGCCGUUCAAGCUUUCCACGGCAUUCAAGUAACUCCAGUUCUUCUACUGCUACUGCAAUGGCAAAGACUCCGUCAAAGAAGGCCGCGAAGGUUGUGGCCAAGUCCGGCAAGGGCCGCGGCAAGAAGCGUGUGGAGUCGUACUCGACGUACAUCUACAAGGUGCUGCGUCAAGUGCACCCGGAGACGGGCAUCAGCAAGCGCGGUAUGUCGAUCAUGAACUCGUUCAUCAAUGACAUUUUCGAGCGCAUUGCUUCGGAGGCCGGCAAGCUCUCGCGCUACAACAAGAAGUCGACGCUGUCGAGCCGUGAGAUCCAGACGGCCGUGCGUCUGAUGCUUCCGGGGGAGCUCGCCAAGCACGCCGUGUCGGAAGGCACGAAGGCCGUGACUAAGUUCACGUCCGCGUAG